AUGUUUGCGUCAAAGAAAAACGAAUGGAUGAAAGCACAAGAGGACGCAAUGGAAGUGGAUGAUGAUGAUGAUGCUGAGCAACGUGUCGACGAUGAGGAUUUGUCGUUGACUUAUCUUAGCGGAUACGGUGCAAUGUUUGCAUCAAAGAAAAACGAAUGGAUGAAAGCACAAGAGGACGCAAUGGAAGUGGAUGAUGAUGAUGAGCAACAUGUCGACGAUGAGGAUUUGUCGUUGACUUAUCUUAGCGGAUACGGUGUUCCGGGUUCCAUGGAUGAGGUACGAUCUAAAGAAUCCACAUCACGUUUAAGCACUUCUAAGCGCCAGCUGCACACUCCCGCACUUUCAUGUAAUUUACGCUCGGCAGCCAGUAAAACUCGCACCUCUCCACGCAGUAUUCCCGGCAAAGUUGCGCAGUAUGUUUCCGAGGGAGCAGCGACAAGUGGCGUCACCCAGAAGACGGUGGUCAGUAAAACUAAGAAAGUUGAGGAGAUGCGUAGCGUGUCAAACAAGUCUUCUGCGUCCUCGAAUUCGCAAUCAGCAAAACCACAUCGAAAGGCAGCCACGGAAAAGACAAAUUUAGUUGCUGCUGCUGCUGCUCAUGAAAAGAUGCCUUUGAAGCGGACCAGCUUGGCGCAGCAGCAACGGAAAUUGCCGGCUGAUGAUGGCAAGUCAACAUGUGCGCGCGUUGUACCGAUUUCGGUUGCCAUCAGCAAUGCAGCGGCAUCGGCUGCUCGAUACAGUUCGAGCACCAGCAAACGGGAAUCGCCGAGUUUGCCUCUCAGUCGUCCGUGUCCCGCAUCGAUCGCUCGAUUGCCAUCUGCUUCUCCCCUGAUGCCUUAUGGACGCAGUGCUUCUAGUGCCUCCAUUUCAUCGAAUUGUAAUAAGGCACACUUUUGGUUGAAUCCCGGCCUGGCAUCUAUUGUAAGCUGUCUUCCGUCGCAGGGUCCACUAGCCAGUCGUCCUCGCAAGUGGCAGCUGGUGCUGGUACAUCAGCCGGGUCUUCAACGCAGAUGGCUGCUGUAA